AUGAAGCAGAAGACACAUUUCCAUCUGGUAUGRAUKAAUAAAGUAUUGUUAAUCUUCUUCUCCUUCCUCCUCCUCCUCUGUCGUCCCCCCAUCCAGAGAGGAUGUAUAGACUUUGCCAUAAACGCCAAGCCCCUGACCCGCCACAUGCCCAAGAACAAGCAGAGCUUCCAGUUCCGAAUGUGGUCGUUUGUGGUGUCCCCACCGUUCGAGUACAGCAUCAUGGGUCUGAUCGCACUCAAUACUAUAGUCCUCAUGAUGAAGUAUAACGGGGCGUCUGACACCUAUGAUAAAGUCCUGAAGAACAUCAACAUCGUCUUCACUACCCUCUUCUUCAUGGAGUGUAUUCUCAAGAUCAUCGCCUUCGGGAUUUUGAAUUAUUUUAAAGACGCAUGGAACAUUUUUGAUUUUGUCUCCGUGCUCGGAAGCUUCACUGAUAUCCUGGUGACAGAAUUUGGGUAUAAGGGUCUGGGGCAUAAUGUUUCGCUGUGUGUAGUAGAGAUGGCAGUGAAUAACUUCAUCAACCUGAGUUUCCUUCGACUGUUUCGAGCGGCUCGUCUCGUCAAGCUACUGAGACAAGGAGAGACUAUACGCAUCCUGCUCUGGACUUUCGUCCAGUCAUUUAAGGCGCUGCCCUAUGUGUGCCUCCUCAUUGGCAUGCUGUUCUUUAUCUACGCCAUCAUUGGGAUGCAGUUGUUUGGUAAUCUGGCACUGGGCGAGGAGGAAGGCAGCGCCAUCAACGAACACAACAACUUCAGGACUUUCAUCAUGGCACUCAUGUUACUAUUCAGUCCUCCUCUAACCUCCCUGUAUUCUUCUUGCAGCGGGCGCAUACAUUAUAAGGAUAUGUACAGUUUAUUGAGAGUAAUCUCCCCUCCUCUGGGCUUGGGAAAGAAAUGCCCUCAUAGGGUGGCCUGCAAGAGGCUGCUGCGCAUGGACUUGCCGGUUGCCGAGGACAACUCAGUGCAUUUCAACUCCACUCUCAUGGCUCUGAUUCGGACAGCGCUCGAUAUCAAGAUUGCCAAGGGAGGAGCUGACAAACAUCAGAUGGACGCUGAGCUAAGAAAAGAAAUGAUGGCCAUUGUGCCCAACCUCUCUCAGAAGAACCUAGACCUGCUGGUCACGCCACACAAGGUAACAACAGACCUGACGGUGGGGAAGAUCUACGCUGCCAUGAUGAUCAUGGAGUACUACAGACAGAGCAAGGCCAAGAAGCUCCAGGCCCUACGCGAGGAGCAGAACCGAACACCGUUAAUGUUUCAGCGCAUGGAGCCGCCCUCCCCCGGGGGAGGAGAAGGGGGAGGAGGGGGAGGCCCCGACGGGACGGGAGGAGGGAUGCCAGGGGUCAACGGCCUCCCCGCCACACAGCACGACCCCAACAGCAUACCUCCAGAGGGGGGGAUGACAGAGAGCCAGUCGUGGGUGACAGCUAAAGCUCAGGAGAUGUUUAACAAGACGGGCAACUGGAGCCCAGAGAGACCCUACCCCGACCAUCUCCAUGACAACAGACACAACCCCCAGACCAUAACAGACACCAGCCCCAUGCGUCGGUCCACCUCCUCUCUGGUCCACGGGCGUUCUGGCAGGGAGAGGGGGGUGAGGCUGGAUGACUACAGCCUGGAGAGGGUAGAAGGAGAGGGGAGGCAUGGUGGGGGAGCAGGCGGGGGACAACGCAGGGACAGGAGGGAUAGGAGCCACCGCACCUCUCAGAGGUCCCUGACCAGAUACACAGACGCAGACACAGGGUUGGGCACAGACCUGAGCACCACCACCCAGUCUGGAGAACUCCCCCCCAAAGAGCGUGAACGUGAACGYGGUCGAGCCAAAGACCGCAGGCACCACCAUCAUCACCACCACCACGGUGGCUCCAUGGAGAAGGAGGGGCGCUUCGGGCCAGACCGACAYGGGCCAGAGUUCACCCACAGACACCCCCACGACCAGGGGGACAGACACUGGUCCCGCUCUCCUAGUGAGGGGCCCGACGGACGGGGCCACAGACAGGGCAGUAGCUCGGUGAGCGGCAGCCCCGUCCCCUCCACGUCCGGUACCUCCACCCCCCGCCGCGGGCGCCGCCAGCUGCCCCAGACCCCCGCCGUGCCACGCCCCCACGUCACCUACUCCCCAGCCAUACGACACCCCAAGCCCACCUACGGAGCAGGUCCCCCUGGACGACUCCGCUCCCCCUCCCCCCGACACUUCUCCCCCCCGGAGCACGACGGAGGGGGGUAUCACCGUCCGCCAUCGCGUCACGUUUCCCCGCUUGAGCACGGAGGGUCGAGGCACGGGUCUCCGAGAUCGGCCCGGCACCAGUCGGGGUCUCGUUCACCUCCGCCCCACCAUGGGUCACCCCGGUCCCCCCGCCACGGGCGCUGGAGCGGUCCCCCUCCCGGGGAUAGUCUGGAGAGCGAGGGCGGCCCAUUCUAUGAGCGUGACUGCGAGUACGAGCGCCAGCAUGAGCCGCCCGCCUACGAGCAGAGCCUCAGCAACCCACAUCCCCACGGCAACCCCCACCCGCACGGCAACCCCCACCCGCACGGCAACCCGCACCCACGCUCCCCCAGGACUGCCCGGCACGGGGGCGGCGUGGGCCCACCACCUCCACUUGCUCCCCCUCACCCCCGACGAGUCCCAAAUGGUUACCGCUCGUCUUCGCCCUCCCCGCACCGGCGAGGGCCCCCACAUCAACACCCCCAUCCAGGGGGACCACCCCACCGGUCCCCCCCUCAUCACCGGGUCCCCCAUGGAGGCCCCAGAGGCCCCCGGAAGGGCCUGCACGAACCCUACAGCGAGACGGACGAGGACGACUGGUGCUAGCACAGCGAAGGAACAGAAGAACGAGGGAGGAGAGGAAGAGAGGAAAAGGAGGGAGGAGAGGAGUCUCUCCGUCUCCCCCGUCCUCUGUUCUUCGUUAUGCAGACUUGAAUGAAGGGUAAAGGGAUGCAGAAGGGGGUGAGGAAAGGAAAGGAGGAGAGGAGAAUUUGGGAGAAGUCUCUCCAUCUCUCUACCUCCACCCUGAGACUCAGACUUGGAUGGAAUGAUGAAGGAUGGAGGGAUGGUUAGAGGAGAGGAGGCACACUGUGUGGGUGUGUGAGACUCUAAACUCAGAGCAAACAUGACAAAGAGAGACAGCUAUAAGGCAGAACUACGCACCUCUCCUCUUCUCCUCUGUCUCAACUACCAUACCCAGAGUUCUCAGCGUGCCCAGGGGGGAGUGGACCGAGGGAUGGUGGAGAGGUGCUGACGGAGGUGUGGAGAGGGAAGAAAGAACAAAAGAAUGAAAGGAAGGGAGGAGCAUGUAUAUUAAGUUACAAGUGGCCAAUGAAUGGUAAAUAUAAGCUCAUCUCCCAGACUGUUUAGGAGAUAGGUGGGUUAGUUAAGUUAAGCUAAACCUGGGUGCUCUUGCUGUUCUGUCAUUCUAUUCUACUAGCCUGAUAAGUGUUAGGAGCUAACAGCUAAACGCUAGCUAGCUAACACUGCUCUUGGUCUAACCUAGACGGACAUGUUUAAAAGAAAAAACAACGAAAACCCAUGCCAGGACCCCCUAUCCUUAUACACGCCAAGCUAUGCCUCCAGAAAAAUCUAACUUGAAGACUAAAGAACAGAAAACAAAAACAAACUUUGAAAAAAAAGAGGAGAAAAAAAGGGAGAACAACCACUUUAACUUAAACUUUCCUUAAAGGGACUGGACUAGAACCAGGAAGCUCCGCCUCUACUGCAAAAACCAGCCAAUGACAGAGCUGGCUGAUAUUUGAUGAGUUUUAUCAUCUCCUGUUUACUGUUACAGACUCACGAAAUGCUGACGACGGACCUGGUGUGACCUCACUUCCUGUGGGUGGGGCCUAGUGUGGCAUCACGUCCUGUUCCGGUGGGUGGGGCCACAGGGGAGGGGCUGGGGGCAGAGUCAUGGACCCUUAGGGGGCGUAGUUUGUUUGCCCCCACUAUCUUCUCUCCCCCCUUCCUCUCUCCUCCAUCCUGCCGAAAAAGAAAGGACAGGAAAGGAAAAUGAUGGGAGGAGGAGCGGAAAGAAGGGAAGGGAGGGAAAAUACCAUUUCUUCAGUAUUUCUUCUAUCGAUUACUUCUUCUUCUUCUAGUUCUUCUUCUUGGACAUUGGAGCUUGGUUCUUCUGUUGCAUUCGCUCAAGCCUCUGUUAAUCCGUUAUGAUGCAUGAAGGAAUUUAACAACAAAAAAAUACCUAGAGAGAAAAUCUACUGUUGGGGAUAUGGGGGCAUAUUGGGUUUAUCGAACAUUUACAUUUUAGGUUUUGAUUGAAGAAGUUCUCUUUUUCUGUCUCUCUCUCUCUCUCUCUCUCUCUCUCUCUCUGACUCUGUCUAUCAUCAUGCGUUUGUUUAUUGGGUAAAUAUUUGUUCUAUAUCACCCUAAGGAUCCGAUGGACAACCUUUUUUAAGUUUGAUUUCCGCCCAAUAGGGUUUCAAAAGCUACCAUUUUCUUAUCUUGAAAGUACUCCUAAGUUCCUGAGAUACUCCUAAAUUUUACUAAGAUACUCCUGUUGUACUGAGAUACUCCUAAAUCUUACUAAGAUAUUCCUGUUGUACUAAGAUAUUCCUAAAUUGUUUUGAGGAAUAAGUAAGAAUUGAGAGAGCUGUGAGGAGAGAGAGAACUUCAACCUCUUUAAAUAAUUGAUUUGUAUUGUUAAUAAUGACGAUGGUCCUAUAAAUACUGAUAUCAAUGUCAAUGCAAAACGAUGAAUGAUGAUAGUUGUUUGCCGUAGAUCUGUUGUCAUGUUUUUUGGAGUUUCAAUCUGCUGUGUCAUCUAGUUUUCAUUGUUUAUUUUCCUUGGGUUCUGUUCAAACUGUUCCCAAACUGUUCCCAAACUGUUCCCAAACUGUCCCAAACCUGUUUCCUAAACCUGUUUCCAAAACCUGUUUCCCAAACUGUUCCAAAACGCCUUUAACCGGGUCCGAUACAUGCAACACGCAUAAACUUUUCAGGGAGGGGUUAGAUGUCGGAUUGUGAUUGUGAGCAACACAGAUAGAACUGUGUAGCGUUGUGUAACGCAGCUCUUUACCUCUGAURGGUCCCCCCUCAGUGGUAGACAGAGAACCGGGGCCACGUUCAGUAGCCAAAUGUUGUCAAACGUUGCAGAUAGAAAUGUCAUUAACAGAGCCGACGUGGUUCUUUAUUCUKCAUGUAAGAGAUGCAUGUUUGUUCUAAAUAGCAUUUUUCUAUCCGAGCGUUCCAAAAACAUUGUGUCCUGCUGAGUGCGCCCCAGUCAUAGCCAAAUGAACCGGCCAACCAACCGCCAGACCUCCACAAAGUAUCUGAUUUACAGCUAGCUGUGAACCAUAGAGUUAGACAGAGGACUUAUACCGGGUUAUAUCCACCUAGAGCCCUCUUUCUACCUCUAUGUUGUGAACGAGCUCCACCUCACAUCCCCAAGAGCUCUCCACUAGCUGUCUAGUCUCRCUGUCUUUCUGAUUUCCCAUGACAUGUUUAGCAUUGAGCUGCUUGCUUUACCAAGCCAGAGGAGAACAUUCUAGAAACAUUUUAUAAUCUCUGAGACGUUCUAGAAACUCUCGUCUAGACUCUAGAAACUCUAGUACAUUCUAGAGCAUUCUUUAGACAGGUAAGCUAACAUGAUUGUUUCCAGAUGUUUUGGAUUAAAACAUAUUUAUUUUGCUAUGAUUACAGUUAUGUAGAUUGUAACAGAUACUCCCUAUCAUAACUCGUAAAAUGAUAGAUACAAUAUAGAUAUAUAGAGAUAUAAAAAUGUAUAUAUUAUAGAGAGAUAAACAUACUUUUAUUUACUUCAAACACUCUAGCUACGUGGCUAGAGCUCAGAAACUCUCCAUUGAAAUCAGCUACACAGAUUCAAAUUGCACUUUGUCACUGUAGCUCCACACAAUAUCCCACUACAAACUCUAUGCAGAUCUAUCCAACAUCCAUUUCUCCUUUACCAUUACAGUGCAGAGUGGUUGUGCCAUUAUAAAUAAAUUACAAUACGUAAGUGAGCGCAUAGAAAUAGAAUGUGUAGAACAGGCAUCCCAAUUCAAGUCAAUGAUGGCWUAUCUAUAGAUUAUAUUUCUAUGGGUCAGAUAGUGUAGUGUCAGAUAGUAUAUAUACAGCAUAGAUUUUAAUAUAGAUGGAUAGAACUAUAUAGAUAGAGGGUAUGCCCACAUCGUUUUGCUUUUGCACAAUCACUCACGAUAUCCUUAUCCUUCAUAGCACAUCUUUCCUUUAUUUUUUACCCUCUUGCAGUGUUUUGUCCUCUCCUGCUCCCUCUAUCGUUCUCCCAAGCUGUCCAAUCCCAUAUACCACCCCUGCCCUCCGUAUAGGUAGGUCCAGAGAGAAGGGGGAUGACUACAAUACCACCCCUCCCUCCGUAUAGGUAGGU